ACCAUAAUUUAGAAUCACAGCAAAGCAUCAGAUCACACAAUGCCGCUGGCUAGAAUCACCCUCGGAUCUCUGGCUGAGGCCAGCCAGCCCGACGGCAUCAAGGCCGCCAUUGCUGAGUUCAUUUCCAUGCUCAUCUUCGUCUUCGCCGGCCAAGGCUCCGGCAUGGCUUUCGCCAAACUCACAGACGGCGGAGCAGCCACCCCAGCCGGCCUCAUCUCCGCCUCCAUAGCCCACGCAUUCGCCCUCUUCGUCGCGGUCUCCGUUGGCGCCAACAUCUCCGGCGGCCACGUCAACCCUGCCGUCACCUUCGGUGCCUUCAUCGGCGGCCACAUCUCCCUCUUCCGAGGCCUCAUCUACUGGAUCGCCCAAUUGCUCGGAUCCGUUGUCGCAUGCUUGCUCCUCAACUUCGCCACCGGUGGAUUGGAGACAUCGGCUUUCGCGCUCUCAUCCGGAGUGUCGGAGUGGAAUGCCGUGAUCUUCGAGAUAGUGAUGACCUUCGGCCUCGUGUACACCGUGUACGCGACCGCGGUGGACCCCAAGAAGGGUGACAUCGGGACCAUUGCCCCCAUCGCCAUCGGUCUCAUUGUGGGCGCCAACAUCCUUGCUGGAGGCGCAUUCGACGGCGCCUCCAUGAACCCGGCCGUCUCCUUUGGCCCGGCUGUUGUCAGCUGGACAUGGAACAGCCACUGGGUGUACUGGCUCGGCCCCUUGGCUGGCGCCGCCAUCGCUGCUCUUGUCUAUGAGCUCCUCUUCAUCAACCAGAGCACCCAUGACCAGCUCCCUACCACAGAUUACUAAUUUAUUUCUCCUCUUUACCUUUUUUUCCCUUUGUGCAGUGUCUGUUGUUUCCAUUUUCCUCCAACUGUCUUGUAUUAUCAUGUAUGCUAUCACUUGUCUUAUUUCUUUGGAAUCAAUUCUCGAGUUUUUUCCUUGUUUAUUCAA